GCGCCGAACGAGAUCAUUCUAAAUCCGAACUCCAGUAAAAUCCAUAGAUGUAAGAACAAUAUAUAUAUAUCCUUUUAGUACCGAUUUAGAAGUUUCCAUUCCCGAUUAAAGCCAUCAUCGGCCCGAAGAGCUUUACAGCCCAAAAUCUUAUUUUCCGGGAAAUCCACCGAUAAUCGACGAACUCUCUCUCGAUCUCACCUAAGAUUCGCCGAUAAUCGAAAUUUUAAAAAUAACCCGACAACAACAAAGAUGAAGAAAGAAGACACAGUGAAACUCAUUAGCGCUGAAGGAAUGGAAUUCGUUAUAGACAAAGAAGCUGCUAUGGUUUCUCAAACAAUCCGUAACAUGCUUACUUCUCCAGGUGGUUUCGCUGAGGCGGAGCAUGGGGAAGUGACUUUCCCGGAGAUAAGUGCUGUGAUUCUUGAGAAGAUUUGUCAGUAUUUUUAUUGGUCUCUUCAAUAUUCCAGGGGUAAAGAGACUGAGUUCCACAUUGAACCCGAACUGACUCUGGAGCUGAUGAUGGCUGCGAAUUAUCUCCAUACUUAGCCAAUUACUUCCUUUUCGUAUUUUAGCCAUUUUUCUCUUUCGUGCAGAAAGUACUCCAGGUCUGUUUUCUUGCCCGAGAGGAGUAUGUAUGUCGUGUGCGUUUUAGCUUCUCUGCUCCAAUGCAUAGUGGUAUAUUUACGAGUAUCUUAUGUUAUUGUUUUGACUUAGAACAUAGACUUAUAUGUAGGUAAAUGAAUGCACUUAUUGUGAGACUUAUGAUUGAUUCUAAUACACCAAAAUAACUCAAACACGGUUUUAGAACGUGACUGUUUAUGCAAUGUUAAUCGGAUAUCUUUCCUUGCA